AACAAAAUAGUUUUUUUUCUUGCUUGAUUUUCCGGGAAAAUUAGCAAUGGCCGAGAAAAGCAAAAUUCUGAUCGUCGGGGGAACAGGAUCCAUCGAAAAAUGCAUAGUCGAAGCGAGCACCAAGUUGGGCCACCCAACCUUCGCUUUGGUCCGAGAGAGUGCUAUUUCCGAUCCUAUUAAGGAAAAGCUCAUUGAGAGCUUCAACAUCUCCGGGGUCACUUUGGUCCAUGGGGAUAUGUACAAUCACGAAAGUUUGGUGAAGGCGUUUGAGCAGGUCGAUGUGGUGAUAUCAACGGUUGGAGCCAUGCAGUUGGCAGAUCAGACCAAGAUCAUAGCAGCCAUUAAAGAAGCUGGAAACAUCAAGGUUGGUGUGUCUUUGUAUCAUAACAAUUGUCUUCUUUAUUGCCUCAUUUUGUCCUCUGCUCAUGAUUUUAUUAAGGGGAAUUGA